UGAAGAAUUUUAUAUAAAUGCAUUGACAAAUGAUAAGGAAACUAUGGAGAUGCCAACGUUGGCGGCAGCGCAGGAGGCGGCGGGCGCGCAGGCUCGCGCGGCGCCAGCUGAUACCAUGGGCGGCGCUCAUCAGCCCGCUACUCCGGGGCCCAGCUCGCUCUUCAUAUUCUCCGACGAAAAUCCCAUACGGAGGUAUACGAAGUUCAUCAUCGAGUGGCCGCCCUUCGAGUACGCGGUGCUGCUGACCAUCAUCGCCAACUGCGUGGUGCUGGCGCUGGAGGAGCAUCUGCCCAACGGCGACAAGACCAUCUUAGCACAGAACUUGGAAAAGACCGAGGCGUACUUUUUAGGAAUAUUUUGUGUAGAAGCCUCGUUAAAAAUAUUAGCCUUAGGUUUUGUUUUACACAGGGGAUCGUAUCUUAGGAACGUUUGGAACAUUAUGGAUUUUUUCGUUGUAGUAACUGGCAUCAUCACGCAGCUGCCGGUCGCGCCCGACGUCGACUUCAGGACCUUGCGUGCCAUUAGGGUGCUGAGGCCCCUUAAAUUAGUUUCGGGCGUUCCUAGUCUGCAAGUUGUGUUGAAAUCCAUCAUCAAGGCGAUGGCGCCGUUGCUACAGAUCGGCCUCUUGGUGCUUUUUGCAAUCGUUAUAUUCGCCAUCAUCGGCCUCGAAUUUUAUUCCGGGGCGCUACAUAAGACUUGUUAUAGUUUAGAAGAUAUUAAUGAAAUAGUAAAUGAAGGUGAGAGUCCAACGCCGUGUAAUGCCGACAACGAGACAGUAGCGCCCCCCGGGGCGAACGUUUGUGAGGCGGACAAGAGCACGUGCUUGGAGAAGUGGGAAGGGCCCAACCGGGGUAUCACGUCGUUCGAUAACAUCGGCUUCGCUAUGCUCACCGUCUUCCAAUGCAUAACAAUGGAGGGAUGGACAUCAAUCCUCUAUUGGACAAACGAUGCGUUAGGUAGUAUGUUCAACUGGAUUUACUUUGUUCCUCUCAUAGUAUUGGGUUCAUUCUUUAUGCUCAACUUAGUUCUCGGUGUUCUUAGCGGUGAAUUCGCUAAAGAAAGAGAGAAAGUAGAAAAUAGACAAGAAUUUCUUAAAUUAAGAAGACAGCAGCAAUUAGAGAGAGAACUCAAUGGUUAUGUUGAGUGGAUAUGUAAAGCAGAGGAAGUCAUAUUAGCAGAAGAAAGAACUACGGAAGAAGAAAAAAUGCACAUAAUAGAAGCCCGAAGAAGAGCAGCAGCGAAAAAAAAAUUAAAAAACCUUGGUAAAAGUAAGAGUACAGAUACAGAAGAAGAGGAACAGGAUGAAGACUGUGGUGAUGACGGUUUUCUGAAAAGCAAAUCUCGUUCAGCCGGCAAAUGUGCAAACUUUUGGCGGGCUGAGAAGAGAUUUCGUUUUUGGAUCAGACACACUGUGAAGACCCAGUGGUUCUAUUGGUUCGUCAUUGUUCUGGUACUCUUCAACACAAUAUGCGUUGCCGUCGAACAUUACGGCCAACCGCCUUGGUUAACUUCGUUUUUAUACUAUGCCGAAUUUGUGUUCCUUGGGCUAUUUAUGAUGGAGAUGUGGGUAAAAAUGUAUGCCUUAGGCCCACGGAUAUAUUUCGAAUCAUCGUUUAAUCGUUUUGAUUGUGUUGUCAUAUCCGGUUCCAUUUUUGAAGUGGUAUGGUCAGAAGUCAAAGGUGGUUCUUUUGGUCUCUCCGUACUUAGAGCCUUAAGAUUGUUAAGGAUAUUUAAGGUUACAAAAUAUUGGUCGUCCCUGCGCAACCUUGUGAUAUCGCUAUUGAAUUCUAUGAGAUCUAUAAUUUCAUUGCUCUUCCUUCUGUUCUUGUUUAUCCUCAUCUUUGCUCUACUCGGUAUGCAGUUAUUCGGAGGACAAUUUAACUUCGAAGAUGGCACACCGCCGACCAAUUUCAACACUUUUCCUAUCGCACUGCUUACAGUAUUUCAGAUUUUAACAGGUGAAGAUUGGAAUGAAGUAAUGUAUUACGGCAUUCAGUCUCAGGGCGGUAUACAGAAAGGCAUGAUUUAUUCUUUGUACUUCGUCAUCUUGGUUUUGUUCGGCAACUACACAUUGUUGAACGUGUUUCUUGCCAUCGCCGUCGACAAUCUGGCGAACGCUCAGGAGUUGACGGCAGCUGAAGAGGAACAAGUUGAAGAGGACAAAGAAAAACAGCUUCAAGAAUUGGAGAAAGAGAUGGGUGCAUUACACGCGGUGGAUGGAACCCCACCUCGGGUAGACAUAAGUCCCACGACAACUACAAGUAGGAAGAACAAAAAGAAAGAAGAGGCCAAAAAGGAAGAAGAAGAGAUACCAGAUGGACCAAAACCAAUGCUGCCAUAUUCGUCAAUGUUUAUUUUAUCACCCACAAAUCCAAUUAGGCGAGGCGCACACUGGGUUGUAAAUUUAAGAUAUUUUGAUGUUUUUAUCAUGUUAGUUAUAUGUAUGAGUUCAAUGGCUUUAGCGGCAGAAGAUCCCGUAGUUGAAGAAAGUGAAAGAAAUAAGAUCUUGAACUACUUCGACUACGCGUUCACUGGUGUCUUCACGGUGGAGAUGUUGCUGAAGAUUGUCGACCUCGGCAUCCUGUUCCACCCGGGCGCGUAUCUCCGCGACUUGUGGAACAUCAUGGAUGCUGCCGUCGUCAUCUGCGCUCUUGUCAGCUUCGGUUUUGAAAUCGGGGGUGUGAAAAAAGGGGCAGGACAGAAUUUGUCAACAAUCAAAUCGUUAAGAGUGUUAAGAGUGCUUAGACCGUUGAAAACUAUAAAACGUGUUCCAAAGUUAAAAGCAGUGUUUGACUGUGUCGUAAACUCUUUGAAAAAUGUCAUUAACAUUCUAAUAGUGUACAUAUUGUUUCAAUUUAUAUUCGCUGUAAUCGCAGUUCAACUUUUUAAUGGUAAAUUUUUUAACUGCAACGAUAUAAGUAAGAAUACUCUUCAAGACUGCCAAGGAUCGUAUUUCGUCUAUGAGGCGAACAGCCUUCUCCCGCGCGUAGUGAAGCGGAAGUGGGACACGCAAUCCUUCCACUACGACAACGUAGCAACUGCGAUGCUUACGCUUUUCGCCGUACAGACUGGAGAAGGAUGGCCACAGGUGUUGCAAAACUCAAUGGCGGCAACGUAUGAAGACAGGGGACCCAUACAAAAUUUUCGUAUAGAAAUGUCCAUAUUUUAUAUUGUUUACUUUGUGGUGUUUCCGUUCUUCUUUGUUAAUAUAUUCGUAGCUCUUAUAAUUAUCACAUUUCAAGAGCAGGGCGAAGCCGAAUUACAAGAUGGUGAAAUCGAUAAAAAUCAGAAAUCUUGUAUCGAUUUCACGAUAGAAGCACGUCCGCUUGAAAGGUAUAUGCCAAGUAAACGAGGAAGUUUUAAGUACAAAGUGUGGAGGAUAGUCGUCUCUACACCAUUUGAGUACUUCAUCAUGACUCUCAUCGUCCUUAACACAUUAUUACUCAUGAUGAAGUACUAUAAUCAAAAUGAUCUCUACUCGGAUAUCCUCAAGUAUUCGAAUAUGGGGUUUACUGGAAUGUUUUCCGUGGAAACAGUGUUGAAAAUCAUCGCUUACGGUGUCAAAAAUUUUUUCAAAGACCCAUGGAAUAUUUUUGAUUUCAUUACGGUCAUUGGAAGCAUCAUUGACGCUCUUAUAAUGGAGUUUGGCGAGAAUACGUUCAACGUUGGUUUCUUGCGCCUGUUCCGAGCCGCGCGACUGAUCAAGCUGCUCCGACAGGGUUACACCAUACGAAUACUACUGUGGACGUUCGUGCAGAGUUUUAAAGCCUUACCCUACGUGUGCCUUCUCAUCGCAAUGCUUUUCUUCAUAUACGCUAUUAUUGGAAUGCAGGUGUUCGGUAACAUAGAAAAUGCGCCGGAAACAGCUAUGAAUAGACAUAAUAACUUUCAAAGUUUUAUACAGGCCCUUAUGUUAUUAUUCAGAUGUGCGACAGGAGAGUCAUGGCCCAACAUUAUGUUGGAUUGUUUGAAGCCUGCUAAAUGUGAUGAAAAAGCCGGCAAGCCGCCACAGGAAGAGUGUGGCAGUACUUUAGCUUACGCAUACUUCGUUUCUUUCAUAUUCUUCUGUUCUUUUCUUAUGUUAAAUUUAUUCGUUGCCGUUAUUAUGGAUAACUUUGAUUAUUUAACGAGAGACUCGUCUAUAUUAGGAGCUCAUCAUCUCGAUGAAUUUGUUAGAAUAUGGGCCGAGUACGACCCAAACGCUACAGGGAAGAUCCAUUACACAGAAAUGUAUGAUAUGCUAAAGAAUAUGGAUCCGCCCUUGGGGUUUGGUAAUAAAUGUCCAAAUAGGUUAGCGUAUAAAAAAUUAAUACGAAUGAACAUGCCACUGGAUGAAGAGGGGAAAGUGAAUUUUACAACAACGCUUUUUGCCUUAAUAAGAGAAAAUCUUAAUAUUAAAAUGAGAUCGGCUGAAGAAAUGGAUCAAGCGGACCAGGAAUUAAGACAAACGAUAACACAGAUUUGGCCACUCCAAGCGAAGAAGAUGUUAGAUUUGCUGGUGCCUCGCAACGAUGUUCUAAACGCUGGGAAACUGACUGUGGGGAAGAUCUACGCUGGUUUGCUAAUUCUAGAGAGCUGGAGGUCAACUAGGUUUGGUCAGACAGAGCCACAAGGUGUUCCGGCAUUCAGCGAGAAUAGCCCUACGGCCAAUCAGCCGAAGGCGUCCUUCUUUAACUGCCUGCUGGACGUGGCCGCGGGGAUGGCGCCGGGAUCGCGUACAGGCUCCCUCAGUCAAGAAGGACCUCUCAUUACCACCGCCGAAAGCCAUCCAGAAGAUCCUCACACUUUAGCCAACUUCGCAAGGCGCAGCACCAGAAGAUCUUUCAAGAACAAUAAAAAGGUAUUGGAACUACAAGAUGUUGGAUCGCAUCAUGCGUCUAUGGAAUCUUUAGACGAAGCAAGGUUACAACCGCCACAUGCUUACCAAAACGGACACCACGGGAGAUCAUCAAGUCUGAGACGGACUCCGAGCCCACGGAGACGUGGCCAUUACGGAGGCUAUCAUCACGAUAUCGGUUUCUCCGACACUGUUAAUAACGUCGUCGAGAUUGUCAAGCACGAACAUCAGAGGCACGGCCGGACGCAUCGACCACCGCACCAUUAUCAUCCUCAUGGGAAGGAGUGGAGGCCGCCGCACCCUACGACCAGCCUGAGCCUGCCCUCGCGGUCUCCCAGCCCGCCACACCACACCUACGUUUGGGCACCCAUAGUUGGAGAUCGUGAGCGAGAUCGGGAGCGGGAGCGGGAGAGGGAGUGGCGUGAGUGGCGCGAGCGGUCGUGGGAGCGCGAGGGUACGCGCCGCGGCCGGGGCCGCCAGCUGCCACCCACGCCCACCAAGCCGUCCACGCUGCAGGUCAAACAGCAACCCUUCACAAGAAUCAGCCACAGUCCAUCUCACUUAUCGUUAAGACAUACGGUCAGAGAACCUGUAGAGCCUCUACACGAUGAGUAUGAGUAUGGUCGAGAAGUUGAAAGACUGAUACACCGAGAUUAUAGAUCUAGGGAAAGACGUGGCAGGGGCUACGAGUCAGAGCGAGGGAGAGUGUACGAAGCGCCGCUCUCGUACGAGGCGGCGCUGGCGAUGGGUCGCGGCGCGGGGCCGCGGGCGCUGCCCUCGCCGGUGCCAGCGCCGCGGUUGCCCAACGGGUACAAACCACGCGCGCGUCAUUCCGACUCAGACGAGGAUGACUGGUGCUAGCAGCGCGGCCGCGCGCGCUCCCAGCGGGACGUGCGCGCGGCGCGGGCACGGCUUGCCGACGCGGCGCCGCACGCGCACACCUUCUGAAGCGUCGCGCUCGCCGCACCGCCGGACUCUCUCCCCUAUUCCCCUCCCCGGCCCCUCCCGCGUUAGGACGAUCUCGUCUGUAUCCGGCGAACGUGUGAACAUUUGUACAGAUAGACGACUCUCGUUGCUCAGGAGUUUGGACGUCUCUACUGGACCGCCGGCGCCGUGUAUCCAUGAGCUAAAUCCAAAUUCUAGUAUUUACAAAGUUUUGGAAAAUUUAAUUUUUAAUUCGCUAAAAUUUUACUCUUUAAUUUAUAUUACGGUUAAGAUAAUCGUUGUAUAAUACAGUGCCAGGCAACUCGGUUUGCGCUAGGAUUUUUACAUAAAAUGAAAUUAUUAGUCUGUAUUGUAAAAGUAAACUUUCUAUAUUAAAUUUGCACUAUAUAAAUCUACAUUAUAUAUCGCCUGCCGAAACGCCCGGCUCGGGGUCCGGGGCGCGCGCGCUUCCCGGCCUUCGCCCCCAGCGUUUCGCCUUCGUUAGACGUUGGAGGAACACUAGUAAUUCAUCGUCGAACAAUUUACCACUAGUGUUGUAUAAAAUAUUUACAUAGCAAAUAAUUUUUACUUAGUUAACAUUAUAUUAAAUAAAUAAAUAAACAUUUUUAUUGUAUUUGCUGUCCUUCCCCCGAGUGCUUUAUAUCUACGUUGUUUAAAUUUAAAAUACAAUUAAAUAUUAUGGAUUAUAUGUAAUCUUCGAAAAUGUAUUUCAACAUUAAAUUACAUAUUAAGUAAAUUGUUAAAUCGUGUGUAGGCCAAUCAAUAGGCAGGUUUUAUUUUGUUACAUUUGGUGAUUAAGUUUAUAUAGAUGAAAUGAAAAGUUUUUUGUUACAAACUUAUUACAUUGUUUAUCACUAUUUACACAGCACACCUCACUUAAUAAAUGCUCUUAUAAUCAUUUUACAAUAUAGAACUAAAUAAAAAUAAACCUCGGCAAAACCAAAUGUGACAAAAAUCUGUUAUAAGUCGCUACUUGUUUGUUCAAUAUUUAUAGAAAUAAGAAAGAUUUUGUAGCCUGGUUGAUAUUAACAUCGUUCUUAAAAUCUAUUAAAUUCUGUCCAUUUACCAUAUUUUACUGCAACAUAAAUUAUUUGUUUUCAUAUCUCAAACUUCAUAAAAGAAUUACAAAUUUUGAUCAUAUAACGUCUCUUUGAAAUAAAUAUUUUAAUAAAUAAUCGCCAGGCACAAAAUCUAAUAAAAACUUGUAUCAAAUUGGUUAACGGCUUCAAAAAUGUUAUUCUAAUUUAUACUUCCCAAUAAAGUGAUGAUCAGAUUCUCAGUGCGAUUACACUUUAAGUCAUAAGAUAAGGCAAAAUACAUUGUCAUAUUAAUUUUAAUAGAUUACCUCGAGCCCAUCUAUUGUAUCAUUUUUAUAGCUUAAUUUUAAACGUUCUUGUGACUUUAUUAAAAAAAAGAGUACAAAAUGUAAUAAUUAGAAAUGUAAAAGAAAAAAAAAUGCGAAAAAUAUUUAAGUUACAUUUAAUUGGAAUGCAAUGAAACAUGUCUCCGAGUUAAGUGUUUGUUAUUGAGUAAUUAUACACAAAAUCUGUUGAAUAUUCGUCAGUGUUUUGAAUAAGUAUUAUGUAAAAUAUUCAAAGCAUAUGCUCGGGAAUAGCUGUACUAAGUUUAUAAUGUUUAUUUCAAUAAGCACGUCCAUCCUGAUACAAUAGUGUACGCACGAGGUAAAGUGAACAUUGUUGAACUGCUAUCCGUAGAAUACGUACGUCAUUUUAUUACGACAAAAUUGUAAAUACAUAAUUUUCUGUGAUAAAAUGUGGAAAAUGGGAAUGAUUAUUAGAACAGUGUGAUUGCAUAGGAAAGUUAAUUUGUCAAUGGCGCUGUGCGAUAUUUAGAUAUAAUGUUCUGGCGACUUUGAUUAAAUUUAGGGCGUUGAAUUGAAUAUUUUGCACUUUAAUAAUUAGCUAGACACCAAUUUAUACGAUUUAAUAAUACAUUGAAGUUCUAUUAAAUUAUAUUAAUAAUAGUGACGACGAAUAAUAAACAAGAUUAUUUCCUGGAAACUAUCGCAUGCAUUUUCUAUUUAAUAUGAAAAGUUUAUUUCUUAUAAGAACUAGUAAUAAAUCAAAAAU